AUGGCAAGUUCAAAUGCAAUCGUGCCAGGCACAACGCCUGAUGCACCUGCACCUUCUUCUGUCACACAAAUCAACAAAACUGUUCAUCCGUUCAGUCGUGCACAAUUAGAAGGUUUAAUGACAAAGAGAUUCUUUUAUACGCAAGCUUUUGAAAUUUAUGGUGGUGUUUCAGGUUUAUACGAUUAUGGUCCAACGGGUGCUGCUUUACAGGCAAACAUUAUUUCUGCUUGGCGUCAACAUUUCAUCUUGGAAGAAGAAAUGUUGGAACUUGAAACAACAAUUAUGACUUUGAGCGACGUAUUGAAAACAUCAGGUCACGUUGACAAAUUCGCUGAUUGGAUGUGCAAAGAUACAAAGACGGGUGAAAUCUUCCGUGCAGAUCAUUUGGUCGAAGGUGUUUUAGAGGCAAGAUUACAAGGUGAUGAAAAAGCAAGAAAAGCAGAACAGACAAAUGCACAACAAGCACAAGAAGUUCCAGUUGAAGGUGGCGAUGCUAAAGAUGACAAAAAGAGCAAGAAGAAAAAGAUCAAGAGUACCGCAAAGAAGCUCGAUGAUGAGACAAAGGCGGAAUACGAAUCUACAUUGGCACAAAUCGAUAACUAUGGCGGUCCCGAAUUGGGCGAGCUGAUUCGAAAAUACGGUAUCCGAGCACCCGAGUCAGACAAUGAAGUUUCUGAGCCAGUCGAAUUCAACCUCAUGUUUGAUACACAAAUCGGUCCAACAGGUCAGAUCAAAGGUUAUCUACGACCGGAAACUGCUCAAGGUCAUUUUGUCAACUUUGGUCGAUUGCUCGAAUUCAACAAUGGUAAAGUACCUUUUGCCAGCGCACACGUUGGUAAAUCAUUCCGUAAUGAAAUCAGUCCUCGUGCAGGUCUUUUGCGGGUGCGUGAAUUCAUCAUGGCAGAAGUAGAGCAUUACGUUGAUCCCCUAGAGAAGGAUCAUGAUCGAUUCCAAGAGGUGGCCGACCUUAAAUUGUCCUUCUUGCCUAAAGGAACACAACAAGCAGGCAAGAGCGACAUCUCUGUGCAAACCAUUGGUGAAGCUGUGAAGUCAAAGAUGGUUGAUAAUGAGACACUCGGUUACUUCUUGGGUAGGAUUCAUCUGUUCUUGGUCAAGAUUGGUAUCGAUCCAAAGAGACUACGAUUCCGUCAACAUAUGGGUAACGAGAUGGCACAUUAUGCCAGUGAUUGUUGGGAUGCUGAAAUUCAUACAAGUUAUGGUUGGAUCGAAUGUGUCGGAUGUGCAGACCGUAGUGCAUACGAUUUGACUGUUCACAGCAAGAAGACAAAGCGUGAUUUGGUUGUUCAGAAACCAUUGAAAGAGCCCAAGGUGUACGAUAAGCUUGUACCUUUCAUCGAUAGAAAGAAGUUGGGUCCACAUUUCAAGAAAGAUGCAAGAUUUGUUGAUGAAGCUAUUGCACAACUUGAUCAAGCUGGAUUGGAAAAGUUACUAGUUUCCCUCAGGAAUGGUGAAGCAGACGUUGGUGGAUACAAGCUAACGUCUGAUCUUGUCAAGGUGGAAUUGAAGACGAUUCGUGAAAACGUUCGUGAAUUCACACCAAACGUUAUCGAACCUUCAUUCGGUAUCGGACGUAUCUUCUAUUCACUUCUCGAACACUCAUUCUGGUCUCGUGCAGAAGAUCAAGAGCGUGCAGUUUUGAGUUUACCUGCUUUGGUCGCACCGUACAAGACAUCGGUCAUCCCUAUCAGUUCAAAUGAGAAGCUGGCUCCGCUCGUCAAACAAAUUAGCCGUCAAUUACGUGCAAAGGGUAUCGCAAGUCGUGUGGACGAUAGCAGUGCUUCGAUCGGAAGACGUUAUGCACGUAAUGAUGAAUUGGGUACUCCUUUCGCAUGCACUUUGGACUUUGCAAGUUUGAGUAAAGGUACAAUGACCUUGCGUGAACGUGAUUCAACUACACAAAGAAUCGGACAGAUUGAAGAAGUGAUUGAUGUGAUUAAAGCUUUGUGUGAAGGAAGUAUCACAUGGGAAGGUGCUUGUCAGCGUUUGCCUGCUUAUAGCGGAGAGCAAGAGCUAGAUUGA